ACCACGUAGCACUGGCUGGUUCUGUAUUUGAGAAUGUAGAGGUCAAGGCAGAUGUCGGUAAGUUUGACCAAAUAUCUUUUCUCUUUGUGACUCUCCCUUUCUGCUAACAUGUGGAUCAGCUCCUGCCCUCAUACCACAGACACACCCACUGUGAACACACCCCUCCAGAGCUUGCCCACACCUUCCCAACUAGACUCUGUGUGUGUAUUCAGGAAAAAUGAAAAUAAAUUUUUAAAAAUUGGGAGUGGAAUGGGCAGAUUAGGGGGAACAAAGUCAUUUUGGUCACGGAAUAUCCAUUUGCUUAACCAAGGAGACUUGCUUCUAUCUGAGGAAUUUCCCACUUAGUAGAAAGAAACACUCUUCCCUGGGAAUGUUUGUUUCUGUCUCUCUCAAUUCUACUCUCUUUCAUAUUCUCAUUUGCUCACCCUUUCACUUAGAGCCACCGUUUUCUCAUCCCGUUCUAUGAACUUAUUUCCAGAUUCUCCUAACUCUUCCUGAGUUUUGAAGUAUUUCUUUUGUACACUCUCUGCUUCCAGUUUUUUGUUUGGUUGGCUUUUUUGGAGAUGGUGUCUUGUGAUGUUGCCCACGCUGGUCUCGAGCCCCUGGGCUCAAGUGAUCCUCCCACCUCAGCCUCCUAAAUAUCUAGGACUACAGGUGUGUGCCACCAUGCCCAGCUCCAGUUUUGUUGGUUGAUUUGUUUAAAUUCAGAGAUUUAAAAACAUCCCAGACAAGACAGUUUGAUUAUGGAGACUGUCCCCAAGCAGAUUGGUGUGCUGGUGGCUGCUGUGCAUAACAGAUUCAUUCCCUCCAGAUUGGCUUACAACAGCUACUUCAUUCUGUGGGUCAGGAAUUUGGAUAGGGCUCAGCUGGGUGGUGGUUCUCCUGGGGUCUUCUUUGGUUGUGGUCAGAUGUCUUCCAGGGCAUCAUUCCUAUGAAGGCUUAAUGAAUUAGGCAAGCUGUCCAAGAUGGCUCACUCGUGUAAUGACAGUUGACGUUGGCUGUAGGCUGGGAACUCAGCUGGGUUGAUGACUGGAGGAGCUUAUGUGUGUCGUCUCCGGAAUGGCAGCUUCAGAGGAGUUGAACUUAAGUGGUGAUUGGCUUCCCCCAGAGAACCAGGCAGAAGCUGUGUUACCUUUUUGAGCUCUUAGCUCAGGAGUCACAUAGAGUCACUUCUGUGACACUGUGUUGCAUCAAAGUAGUCACAAACCCACUCAGAUUCAAGAGAAGGGAGCAUGGCCUUCUCCCUGCAACCCGCUCCCCACCCCCCCCCCCCCGCCUUGAUGAAAGGAGUGACAAGGUCACAUUGGAGAAGAGCUUGUGGGGUGGGAGAUAUUUUAGCCAUUUUUGGGAAAUAUCUGCAUAAAAUGAGUUUAUGCAUACAUGAAGGACUUUAUUUUCAUUGGCUUUAAGUUGAGGGUUUUUGUUUUUGUUUUUGUUUUUGUAUUGGAGAUGGGUUCUUACUAUGUUGCCCAGGCUGGUCUCAAACCCCUGGGCUCAAGUGAUCCUGUUGCCUCAGCCUCCCAAGUAACUGGGACUACAGCUGUGUGCCAGUGCACCCAGCUUGUUUUUUUUUAAAUUUUAGGAUAGAUAAUGGUACUUCUGGCUUUAUUUAAAUAAUUUUUUUAGGGAAACCAUUGUAUUUAUACAUGCAUAUAUUUUUAUAUAUACAAAUAUGUAUAUAAAAGUAUAUGUUUUACAUUUUCAAUAUAUAUAUAAUAUAUACAUAUAUGUUAUAUACAUAUAUAUAUUGCACCCUACUUUAAAAUUGACUGAUAACAAAAUUGGUAAUUUUGUAUAAAAUGCCCAACUGUGCAUUAUUAAUAAAAGUAUGUGAAUGACUCUAAUUAAACAGAAGUGAUUCUUUGAAAUGAACAUAUUUCUGUACUGUCCUUCCAAUAUGUGACGUAGAUCAUUUUCAACAGAGUAGCAGGCAAGCGCAUUCUACAGAGAGUAAUGUACAAUCAGAGCACAUUCCAAAUGGAAGUUGGCCUUAUAGUUAAUGAGUUUCUUAGAACAACAAAAGCCCAGCUAUGAAGGGUGACUUUGGUCCUGCGUGAGUUCAGUGUCUGGUGAGGAAGCUGUAAUGCUUUCUAAGACUCUGGAGAGUCUGGGAACCUUGAAGCAGCCAGAUGCGUGAUAGUUAUUUGCAGGUGUUGCCUGAGAACGAUGGACACGUAUAGCUUUUGGUAGUGCAGGUUUUGGACUGGGAGCCUAAAACCUUCAAGAGGACAGUUUCUCUCCAAAGAAUUAAUCAGUGGGAAUGUUUUGCAACAAAAGUGUCAACCAUAGCAGUGGGGCACCACAUGGGAGAAACAGCAUAUAGAUGCUGGCAAGGAAGAAGUGGGCUCUUUACCUAAUAGCUGAUCUUCGACCUAAAAGCUGUCAUUGCGUUCCCUUUCAUUGCUGCCAAAGUGAUGACAUCAUGGGGAUGGAACUCAAGAUCACCUCCACACUUGGUUCAAUCCAGCUGAUAUAACAAGCAGAGACAUCACCUCUUAAAGACUGUUUACUUGUCCCCCAGUUGUAGGAGUGGAAGGAAUGCUGAUACCUGAUUCUAGUUAUGGAUAUGGUGGCAAGGAGAAGUUGUUAGGGUAGGUACAAGGUAAUUUCAUAUAAAUACGCGUGCUAAAAAGAAAUUUGAAGUGAUGGGGGGAUUGAGGGGCUGACUUAUCAAGCUGAGGCUUGAAUGGAAGGGGUGGCCACAUAAUCACCACAGGACUGCCUUCUGGGAGGAGAGGGGAACAUGCAAAGGCCUGCGGCAGGAUCUGGGGGUUUGCUGGGGGAGCCUAGUCACGGCCAGUGGACUGAAACAUAGAGCUCCUGGGUGGGAAGCUGAGCAGGGCCAAGGCAAGCCCUUAGCGCAGUGGGAAACCAUCAAGGUGUGAAGUAGGGGGCGCUGACAGAACUCUUGAGGGCUCAGACGUGGGAAGUGAGGGAAAGAGACACCUUUGAUGACUUCAUUGUGUGGCUAGAACAUCUGGGAGCGGGGAACUGGGAUUCCAUUGACUGAGUGAGGGAAGGGGCAGUAGAGUCAAGGUUUGCUUUGGACACUGUAAGUUUUAGCCGCUCGUGAGAUACCCUGUGGAGCUGUUGAGAAGCAGUGGGCAGUGGGGCUAAGUUCUGAGCCAGGCCCAGCCUGGAAAUGGAUGUCAUAAGUGCACAGGGGUCUAGGGAGGCAGAGAGCGAAAGAGGAAACAGGAGCGUUUUAGGAAAGACUAGAGCUGCCUGAGGGUUUGGAUCAAAACUGCUUUAAAAGUCCUUCAACAAGCACUGAGCACCUACUCCGGGCCAGGCAUGGAGAACCCAGAGGUGAGCAGAGUCCAUCCUGCGCUCAGUGCUGCCUGCUUCAGGCCAAAUUUCCCCAAGCCCAGGCCACAGGCACUAACAUGCAGAUUCCCUGGGCUACCCAAGCCCCACUGAAACACAGUGGCCAGAGGCAGCAGCAUGUUUCAAGUUCCCUGGGUGAUUCUUUUGCACAAGAAAGCUUGAAAACCUUUCACUUUCAGUGGUCCAGGAGUAAAUGUGGGAGGUGUGUGUGUGUUGGGGGGUGGAGAAAGAGAGAGAGCACAGGCAAUUUCCUCUUUCCCUCUCCAAGAGUGGGGCUGCUCCCAGGUUCAGGAAAGCAGUUAACCAGCACAGUCCUCCGUGCGUCCCGCCCGCCGCUGCCCUCACUCCCGGCCAGGAUGGCAUCCUGUCUGGCCCUGCGCAUGGCGCUGCUGCUGGUCUCCGGGGUUCUGGCCCCUGCGGUGCUCACAGAUGAUGUUCCACAGGAGCCCGUGCCCACGCUGUGGAACGAGCCGGCCGAGCUGCCGUCGGGAGAAGGCCCCGUGGAGAGCACCAGCCCCGGCCGGGAGCCCGUGGACACCGGUCCCCCAGCCCCCACCGUCGCGCCAGGACCCGAGGACAGCACCGCGCAGGAGCGGCUGGACCAGGGCGGCGGGUCGCUGGGGCCCGGCGCUAUCGCGGCCAUCGUGAUCGCCGCCCUGCUGGCCACCUGCGUGGUGCUGGCGCUCGUGGUCGUCGCGCUGAGAAAGUUUUCCGCCUCCUGAAGCGAAUAAAGGGGCCGCGCCCGGCCGCGGCGCGACUCGGCUGCACUCCUCACGCGCCUCACAGGGGCGUCCCCAGCUCCGUCAAAGAGCCCUUUCUGUUUCUGGAGUCCUACAAGUGGAGGCCCAAAUCCGUUCCCAUGUUGAGGCAAGGCCCUGGCUGUUCCUUCCUCUCUGGAAACCGCCUUGAACUCUUCCUUUGGGACAUGUCUCCUCGACCAGCCUUGAAGGGGUGCUCCUCUCUCACUACCUGGAACCAAACACCCCCUUCCUUUGUGUAUGAGGGCAAUAAAGAGUAGACCUUCAUCUU